AUGGAGUAAGAGCUCCUGGUCCCAUCUGACUACCACAGCGUCAAACAGCAGGCAUUUUACCUACAUUUUGACCAGAAGUUAAAGAAUACCACAGCUACUUACUGCCCCAGCAUUGCCCCGUCAAAACAAAUAAAGUUAACAGACCCAAUCCGGCAAUUUAAAAAAGAGCACCAAAAGACCUUUCAAGAUGGCGACGACAAACAGGCACCAUCUCCGGCCUCUGAAAUUCUUCCAGACCCUGAUAUCCCAUCGUCCAGAUACUCGGAUGAGCCGGUGAUGGAACGGAGGUUACACUCCAUGCUUCAGGACCUAAGGCAUACACUCCAACAGGACUUCAAGGCCCUAAUGGCCGAUAAGCGAAAAGACAUCAACAACAUUGGAGACAGAACCCACCAAUUGGAACAGUGGAUGGAAGAAUUAUGUUCAGCGCAUAACAAGGUGGUGGAAACAAUCCAGAGCCUGGUGGCAGAGCAAAAGCUCUUUAAACACAAAAUGGUUAAUAUGGAGGACAGGGCAAGGUGGAAUAACGUAAGAUUCCGCGGGAUCAGCGACAAGGUAUCCUGGAGGACUCCACCUGGAGGACACGCCGAAUGA